AUGAAGCGAAAAGUAGACGACUCCGCGGCCCACAAUGACUCCUCAAAGAAGCGCCUGGCCACCCAGGAUGGCAUCCACGCCAACUUCCGCAAUGGCCUCUUCGAGCAAGACACAGUACAAGGCUACGCCAGUGAAUACGCCUCUUCGGGACCCUACAAACAUGCCGUCGUCUCCGACUUGAUCAAUGAUGAUCUUCUCCGCUCCGUGAGAAGUGAAAUUCUGGACAGCAUCCACUUCACGCCGAAAGAAACCGACAUCUACAAGAUCCAUCAAUCGGGCGACCUGGCGAAUCUGGAUGGCCUGCCUGCCUCGGCGCUGGAGAAACUGCCUUCGCUGCUGAAACUGCGGGAUUCGAUGUAUAGCUACGAGUUCCGGCAGUGGGUCUCGCAGGUCUCCGGGGCGGGACUUUUAAGCGGCACGAAGACGGACAUGGCGGUGAAUGUGUACGUGCCCGGGUGUCAUCUGCUGUGCCAUGACGAUGUGAUUGGGAGUCGGCGGGUCAGUUAUAUCCUGUAUCUGACGGAUCCGGAGAAGCCGUGGAAGGCGGAAUGGGGUGGGGCGUUGCGGUUGUAUCCUACUGAUGAGGUGGCCGGGGAGGAGGGGAAGAUGUUUAAGCUGCCCAAGACGGAGUGGACGAAGGUGAUACCGCCUGCGUGGAAUCAGUUGAGUUUUUUUGCGGUGCAGCCCGGGGAGAGCUUUCAUGAUGUUGAGGAGGUUUAUCAUCGGGUGGAGGGGGGCGAGGAGGAUGAUGGUGGGAGGGUGCGGAUGGCGAUUAGUGGGUGGUUUCAUAUCCCGCAGGAAGGCGAGGAAGGGUUUGCGCCGGGUCUGGAGGAGAGCCUGGCGGAACGGAGCUCGCUUCAGCAAUUGCAAGGCAAGGCCGCGCAGUUCGAUGAGCCUCAGUAUCGGUGGAUCUCUCCCACAGGACGACCCGAAGACGAUGGACCGGCCGACGAGCUCACUGAAGAGCAAUGCCAGUUCUUGAUCCGCUUCAUGACUCCCAACUAUCUCACGCCAGACACUGUGGAGGAGUUGAACGAGCUCUUCACCGACGAAUGUGUCCUGCAACUGACGAAUGUCCUGAGCGAGAAGUUCUGUGUGUCGCUAAAGGCGUCACUCGAACAAGGCUCUGCAUCUGCUCUGCCGUUCUCGACUUCGCGGCCGCCACACAAACAUCGCUAUCAAUAUCUUCACUCUGCCGCCAACACUUCUGGAGCAAGCGCUAGCGACGCGGCAUCGCCCUUUCAGCAAGUCCUGGACGAGCUGCUACCAAGCACUGCCUUUCAGAAAUGGCUAUCCCUCGUCACCGGCCUCACGCUGAAGAAGUGCUCCGUCCUCGCCAGAAGAUUCCGUCGAGGCCUCGAUUACCAACUCGCGCAGGGCUACGAAGGCGAUGAACCACAGCUCGAAUUCACCCUCUCCGUCACACCCACCACCGGCUGGGGCGUCGAUGACGAGGCAGACGGCGAAACAAUCGGCAACACCGCAAAGAAACCCAACGACUCGGACGAAGACAACGUCGGCGGCUACGAACUCUACAUGGCCGGCGACGACGCCGACGAAGACGAAGACAACAACGCCUCCGACGACGGCGUCGUCAUUCCCCCAAACGCACAAUCCAACACCGGCGCCGGCCAACGCCGCCCCGCGAAACAAAAGAAAGCCGAUCCCGCAGUCUACCAAGCUGCGGGCGACGAUGAGGACGAUGGGAUUCUGUUUAGCAAUGCAGCGGGUUGGAACUCGAUGAGUCUGGUGUUGAGGGAUAAGGGGACGUUGAAGUUUGUUAAAUAUGUUUCGGAGAGGGCGCCGGGGGAUCGGUGGGAUUUUACGGGGUGUUUUGAGGUUGAGCCGGAGGAGGAUGAGGAUGGGGAUGGGGAGGAGUGA